AUGCUUGUGCAGAGCACAAAAGGACUGACAACUGCACCGGUAGCAACAUUAACCGCGGCCCAUAUCCAGGUAGGCCGGCUCAGAACGAGGCAUUCUUUGAAGAAGACGGAGAAGAAGCAGGCAGCCUGGCCUAGUGGGGAAAGUGAUGUGACGGCAUCUGUACAUUUGUCCUGGCAGGACUCUACCACAGAGGGAAGGACUCGACUGAAUAAUGGGAUGCUGACAGCGAUGGAAAAAAUGGGCGGAAUGAAAAGGUAUGGUACGGGAGUUGUGAGCACAAAGGGAGGGCGUCUCCGAGUUCUUGGAGAAUACAUUGUUGCGAGAUCGCCUUCAAGGUUGAGGUUCGUAGUGUGA